AUGGGAAACACGAGUAGUUCACAUAAGAUCUCUGCCCAGGAUCGGGCAAUUCUCGAUCUCAAAAACCAACGGGACAGACUGCACCAAUACCAACGACGAAUAACCGUCCUAACAGACCGCGAAACGGAAAUCGCCAAGGAAUGUCUCGCACGCGAUGAUCGGCGGCGAGCACUGCUCGCCCUCCGACGCAAGAAAUACCAGGAGUCGCUCCUUGAGAAGACGGAUGGACAACUCGCGCAACUGGAGCAGUUAACUGGGCAAGUGGAGUUUGCGCUUGUGCAGAAGGACGUGCUGUUUGGGUUGCAGCAGGGCACGAAGGUGCUGCAGACCAUCAAUCAAGAGAUGGGUGGCAUUGAGGGUGUUGAGAGAUUGAUGGGGGAGACCGAGGAGGCGAGAGUUUAUCAGGAGGAGGUGAGCCAGAUGCUGGCGGGUCAUUUGACGAACCAAGAUGAGGACGAGGUUGAGGAUGAGCUGGAGGCUCUGCAGCGGGAACUUGCUGGUCCUGAGAUCCUGCCCGAUGAUGUCGUACUGCCAAGUCCCCCUAUUGCUGAGUUGCCUAUUGAAGAGCCGGUGCCGGAGUCGACUCCAAGAACCAAGGCUAAGGCUGAGACUCGGACGGCUUUGCCCGCUUAG